CGUUUCCCACCUUUUGCUUUACCAGUCAAGAAGACAACACCCUCUCAUCUCAUCACAUACAAAGCUACUCACUACUCCUCCCCCCUAGACAGGGAGCUUUAUUAAACUUACUACCUUAGAAUCAAAACCCCCCAAAACUCUCUCUCUCUCUCUCUCUCUCUCUCACACACACACACACACAGACAAGCAACACAGGCCAAGAAAACACACAGUGAGAAAAACUGUCUACAUAUUGCUAUGCUGAAAUUAGCAAAGAGUUAAAGAAGUAUUUGGACCGUAUACCAUACCGUAUGAUUGAUGAAGGGCUUCUGAUAGAUUUCUUGACAUGUAAGUUGUAAAGCGUGGAUGCGACUUUGAAUUGGGAGAAAUAAAACAAGAAGGUGGGAUUUGAUUCGGGUUCUUGAUGCUGGAGUACUUAAAGUUGUUAUUGUCUGCUGAUGAAUAAUACAAUAUCCGUAUACUACAAAAAUAGGAGCCUUGUUUGUUUUAGUCAUGAAUAAGAGUAAUCAGCUGGGAUCUGUCAGCAGUUCUGAGCUCAUCGAUGCGAAGCUUGAGGAGCAUCAAUUAUGUGGAUCCAAACAGUGUCCUGGUUGCGGACACAUGCUCGAAGGAAAGCCGGACUGGGUAGGUCUACCUGCCGGAGUGAAAUUUGACCCGACGGACCAGGAGUUGAUCGAUCACCUCGAAGCUAAAGUAGAAGGAAAAGAAUCGAAAUCCCAUCCCUUGAUUGAUGAGUUCAUUCCUACCAUUGAAGGUGAAGAUGGGAUUUGCUACACGCAUCCUGAAAAGCUUCCAGGAGUAACACGAGAUGGAUUGAGUCGGCACUUUUUCCACAAGACCUCCAAGGACUACACGACCGGGACGAGGAAACGACGGAAGAUCCAGACCGAAUGCGACCUGCAAGGCGGGGAGACGCGGUGGCACAAGACGGGCAAGACCCGGCCGGUGAUGGUGAACGGGAAGCAGAAAGGGUGCAAGAAAAUCUUGGUUCUGUACACCAACUUUGGGAAGAAUCGGAAGCCGGAGAAGACGAAUUGGGUGAUGCAUCAGUACCAUUUAGGGCAGCACGAAGAGGAGAAGGAAGGAGAGCUCGUCGUGUCCAAGAUCUUCUACCAGACUCAGCCCAGACAAUGCAACUGGUCUGACAGGAGCGGUGCUGCUCUACUCAACACUGCCGCUGGAGAGGGAAACAGCGAACGACGAGAAACAGUUAGUGUGAGUGUGAGCGGCAGCAUGAGCGUGAGCGGUUCCUCUAAGGAAAUGAACAUCACUCAAAGAGACGACUUCUCAGCAGCUCCGCCUGUCAACGUUGCUGCUCCGAUUCCCAGUUACAGCGCCAUCGACAUCCAGCAACUCAAAGCUGAUCAUUUCAGCUUCCUUCCGUUCCGAAAAUCGUUUGAUGAGGCUGGGAAUAUUGGGGAAACUUCAAUUGCAAGGGAAGCAGGAGGAGGAGGCACGUGCGAAGAGCGUGAGAUGGGACAGCAUCACGUGAGCCAUGAGCAUGACAUCGGACAGCAUCACGUGAGCCAUGAGCACCAUCACCAUAGUCAUCAGAUUGCUGCAGCUACAGCAUUUCACAUAAGCAGGCCAUCACACUCCAUCUCCACCAUUAUCUCUCCGCCACCCCUACACCACACAUCCAUUAACAUUCUUGAUCAAGAUCACUCCUUCCAUGUCCCCAGAAUCAUCCUCCCUCCUGAAAAUUUCCAGCAGCAACAACAGCAUCAUAAACUUGGAGGAAGGUCUGCAUCUGGAUUGGAGGAACUCAUUAUGGGAUGCACAUCAACUGACAUAAAAGAAGAAUCAUCGAUGGGAAACCCACAGGAGGCAGAAUGGCUGAAGUACUCCACCUUCUGGCCAGACCCGGACAACCCGGAUCAUCAUGGAUAAAAAACAAAGCGGACAGAUGGAGAGAUGAGUAGUUAAAGGAGGAGGAGAAGGAAGAUGAGGAAUGGAAAAACAUGACAGUAGUACUUCCACAGACCAAAUCAUUGCCUUUAUCAUUACUACUCUUGAAGCCUUGCUCAAGUUGUUUUCAGACAAGCUAAGUGCUGAUGGAGGGACCAUCCAUGCAUGCAUCCAUGUCAUCACAUAUUGUUUCUACUUUUUCCAAUCUUUUUUCUCUAAAUUCCAGGUCCUGAUGAUAGCUUCAAA